UCUGUUAGCAAACUGUAAAUAAGCCCUAUGGAAAAAUAAAUCGAGCGACGAGUUUGCUAUUUUGAUAACUAAUCCAUUUAAAGAAAGAAGUGACGAAGAAUGAAUAUGCGUGGCUUGGCUGUUGUGAAAUUUGAUCAGAACGGACGAAAAACGCGAGAAAAAACUGACUUACCAUAUGGCACUUACGUCAUAACAGAGGUUCGCAAUGCAUAAUAGCUAAUGCUGAAGGGACCAAAUUUGCAAUUUUGGCCGCGAGACCAAUGCAGUGACUUGUAAAACAAGUAAAUUAGCUAAUUGUAGGCUCAUUAGUUGAACUGCAACCAAUCGGAGCUCGCAAGCGGCUCUAACUUCCAAACGUAUCUUCACCAUUAGCAAGAUUUUAUGCUUGUAGCCGAAAUAAAUUUACGGUUCUUUUCUUCGUUUAAUUUCCCGUCAGACCGAAAGCAUCUGGCGAUAUAUCUCUUGCGAGAAAAGGCUACGUCAAGACUGAGGAAAUAGCAGGCUGAUUGUUGUUGAGGGGGAGGAUUAUAAGCGGAAGUGAGAUCACUAUCAGGCCUCUCGACUGGUGUUCACAUCACGUGGUCAAGGAAAAUAAUGGCGGACAUAAUGGUCGCUUCCAUGAAUAUCAUCAAAUGAAAGAUGUCUUGGAGAAAGUCCUACGAUUUUACUCCACGAGUGGCCGAAAAUGAAGUCGAUUCAUCUGACAGCGAUUCUGACCCGGGACCCGAAACGAUUAAAUUGUACCAUCGAAGAAAAUCAACAGUGACUGCAGUUAAAGCGAGGAGUUCUAUAAAGGAGGGAUUUUUGCAGAAACAAACAGGUUCAUUUCAGAGAUGGAAAAGGAGAUAUUUCAAACUGAGAGAGGGAAACAAGCUAUACUAUGCCAAAUCCAGUGAUGAAACACUAUUCACUGAAAUAGAUCUACAGGACUUCAGCGUAGCUGAAUCAAGCAUUCAAAACAACAACAACUGUUUUAAAGUCAUCACACCAUUUCAAAGUAUUAAUCUUAGUGCUGAUUCCAGAAAGGAAAUGGAAGAAUGGAUAGGCUGUUUAAAGUCUGUUGGAUCUCAUACCUCUUCUCAAUCAGAUUUGUUGGACAGAUUAUCUGGGGCUCACAAUUGGUAUUCAUGUUCUCAUGCAAAAGCUACAUUCUGUAAUGUUUGUCGUGAUGUAUUGUCUGGUGUUACAUCAAAGGGAUUGUCAUGUGAAGUUUGUAGAUUCAAAGUUCAUCGAAGAUGUGCUGUACGAGCAAGAAAUAACUGUAAAUGGACAACCGUACAGUCACUUAGAGGAGAAGAAUGUAAAUUUGAUGAAUCUGACCCUCUUUCAGUGCCUCAUCAGUGGCUUGAAGGAAACCUUCCUCCCUCUGCUAAGUGUGGAGUGUGUGAUGAAAUAUGUGGCAGUAAAAGAAGGCUUCAGGGAUAUAGAUGCCUUUGGUGUAAUUUAAUGGUUCACCAGUGCUGUCGAUCUCAAUCACCUCAAUGUUCCUUUGGUGAAAAUGCUUUGUUCACCUUACCUCCUUCUUCUGUUCUAAGUUCGUCUGGCUCCCUUGUAUGGAAUUCUGUUAAACCUUCUGGGUGUCUUCCGAUGCUUGUCUUUGUUAAUUCAAAAAGUGGUGAUAAUCAGGGUGUAAAGUUUAUUAGAAGAUUUAAACAGUUAUUAAAUCCACUUCAAGUGUUUGAUCUUGCUCUUGGAGGCCCCUCUAAAGGAUUGAAGUUGUUCCAAAAUUUUGACCAUUUUCGAAUACUGGUGUGCGGAGGUGACGGCUCUGUUGGGUGGGUGAUGAAUGAAGUCGACCGGAUGAAUCUCUCAACUCAGUGUCAACUUGGUGUUUUACCGCUGGGUACUGGAAAUGAUUUGUCGAGGGUUCUUGGCUGGGGAACCUCGUUUGAUGACGACAAUGCGGUAACGCAGUUUCUGCGCCAUUUGGAAAGGGCCAAAGCAGCAGUACUUGAUAGAUGGAGUAUAAUGGUUGAAGAGAAACCCUUAUCCGCGUCUAGAAGUUCAUCGAUAGAAACAUUAGAUAUACCUUACAAACAUGAUGUCGACAUCAUCGACACGUUCGAGAACAACGUGGCAACACACUUAACAAGAAUACUACAUUCCAGCGAUCACUCUGUGGUCAUCUCUUCUGCAAGAGUGCUGUGCGAGACGGUGAAGGAUUUUGUGUCAAAAAUUGGAACAGCGUCAGCAAAUUCUGAUCCCUCUGAAGCAGACGAGCCCGACUCAUUGGCACAAAAGUGCACGAUACUCAAUGAAAAGUUAAACCUUCUCCUCAACACACUGAGUAUAGAGUCAGAGGCCCUACCCUCCUCCUCAAGGGAGGAAUUGUCAUCAGAGGGCGCAGGGAUGGCUGGGAAUGGAAACGGAAGACAGAAAGUAUUCGUACCCAAGGAAGCUCUGAUGUCGAGAGCGAACAGCUUAAAAAAAGCUCUCAAACAAAUUAUAGAGCACGCAGAACAAGCUGUGGACGAGCAGAAUGCACAGACCAGAGCGUCGACAAGCUCCCUAGCGGAGGCCAUUGUAACUGUGGCCGCAUCGGCAGCCGGGGGAGUGGUGACCACUUCUACAGCUACCAUGGAAGAAGGAUCGGAACUUGUGCGAGAUAACGAAGGGAACAUCCUGGCCACCGGAGGAGAUCCCUCGGGGGAUGUAUUUACCCCGGAGUCUGGUUCGAGUUCCCAGGACAAUAGACUUAUCGAAGCUGACCCCAGUCCUUCCACCUGGGUUUCCUCUGAGCAACGCAAGUCUCCGAUAUCUCGUUGCAUCAGCCGGGGUAGCGCGCUUCCGUUCAGUUUUGAGUCACCAUUUGACGAAAAGCUUUUCGCAGCAGGUGGCAAACCAACGGUCCACAUUGGUGGUUGUAUGAUCUCCAGAGCAUUCCUCAAGGAGAAACCCAGUGAAGGAUUAAUGGGAGCGAUUGGUCGAGCAUUGCUGGCCAAUGCAGAUGCACUGUGUGCCGCAGCCACGCCUAUGAUGAACAAUGUGUUUGACGUUGAGGGAUAUACGGAGAAAUGUGUAAUGAACAACUACUUUGGAAUUGGACUGGACGCUAAGAUUGCACUGGAUUUUCACACCAGAAGAGAGGAGCAUCCCGAAAAAUUCAGGCACCGAGCGUUAAAUUUACUAUACUAUGGCUUGUUGGGGGGAAGAGAGCUCUUGCAGAGAACACACAAGAACUUAGAUCAAAGGGUGAGACUUGAGUGCGACGGACACAAAAUCAAUCUUCCAAGUCUUCAAGGAAUUGUGGUGUUAAAUAUAACAAGUUACAUGGGUGGUGCGAACUUCUGGGGAACAGGGCGAGAUGACGGUUUUAACGAGCCUUCUGUUGACGACAACAUCCUUGAAGUUGUGGCAGUUCUUGGUGCACACCAGAUGGGAAUGUGUAAAGUUUUUGGAGGUAUGCCACAUCACCGGAUCGCACAGUGUCGGACUGUAAAAAUCUCCAUAUUUGGUGAAUCAGUACCAGUUCAGGUGGACGGCGAGGCCUGGAUGCAACCUCCGGGAUAUAUCAAAAUCGUCCACAAAAACCGAGCACAGAUGUUGGUCAGAGACAGAGAAUUCGAGUUAACAUUAAAAGAAUGGACAGAACUCCAAGCGGAGAAGAUCAGUCCCUGUGUAACGAAUGCUCAGGCGGAAGUGCUGACCUCCCUCGUUCAGUGUCUCAGUAUUUUUGUCAAUUGCGUGAAAACCACGUGUGAACCGCAUGAAAAAGAUCUGCGAGAGUUAAUUACCUUGGCGGAAUCUUGUGCUAGCUCCAUAGAAAAACUCGUGCUGGAUGGCGGAAAAAUUCCCGAGGCCCCAAGUCGAGGUCGUAUUACAGAUCUUGUGACGACCGGGAGGGCAUUGGUUCAAUCGAUAACUUAUUUCCUCCAGUUCGAGUUUCCAGCUCUUGAACCAGCAAUGCCAUCAGAAAUUGAACGGAACUUGUUGUCUUCAAUUCAAACGGUGAAACCUCUCAUCAACAGGACAAUUGAGGCGUAUGGACUAACAAAUAUUGCUGACGACGAGGUUGAUCGACAGUCGUCAAGCAGAGGGAGAAGCAAGUUUAGAUUUUCUGGACUGCUGAAGUCAAAGAAGCCGGAAAUGACUAAAGUCGGGUCAGCCCCAUCAGGUCACAUGAUUUCAUAUUGGGGAGUUGAGGAGGUCGGGAACUGGUUGGAAAGCCUGGGACUGUCGGAAUACAAGGAAAACUUUGAAAGUCAUGACAUCCGGGGCAAUGAGCUGUUAAAUUUAACCAGAGGGGAUUUGAAGGAACUGGGUGUUACCAAAGUGGGGCACGUCAAGCGCAUUCUACACAGUGUAAAGGCUCUAUGCGGGGGGGUGUCUCCUAAGUCAGCGCAAAGGAUUGAACGGACAGCGAAAGCCGAGGAGAGGGCUGGACGGGGGAAGAGGACAAUUGAAAAGGAGGACAGCCAUUGAAAGAGGGCGAGAAGAGACUGGGGUGGAAAGAUACUUGAAAAUUUGAGCCUCUGUGAAGUAAGGUAAAAGAGUUCUAUUUAUUUCAGCCAUUUGACGAAGAAGCUCCAUCUUACGUUGUGGCUAAGUAACAUGAGAGAUCUUUGAAACAAGGUAUUUGUAAGAAGGCGAUAAGAGACUGCCUUUUUGGAGUGGAAAAAUCCUUGAAUAUUUGAGCUAUUGUGAAGUAAGGUGAAAGAGUUCUAUUUAUUUCAGACAUUUUGCGAAGAAGUUCUGUCGUACGUCGUAGCUAAGUAACUUGAAAGGUCUUUGAAACAAGGUAUUUGUAGAAAGUAAUUGACCUUACUGGACACACAGUCCUCCAGAAAUGAUCACUUGAAAUCCUGUUUUAAUAGUCUGGCGAUGGAGGGAAUCAAAUCAAAUGACAUUAUAUUGCGUAUAUUAUUCCUGUUAGGAUAAUAACUACAAACAUAAGUUAUCUAUUGUAGCUGUAUUGGAGAAGUGUCACUCUAAGAGGUAAACGAUUCCAUGAAGGACAACAAUAAUCUAGAUCACGUCCUGCAUUCGAAUUAAUCGAUUGACAGAAGUUAAACUGAAGCAAAGUAGUUGGGAUUUAUACUAACGGAUAAGAGACGAAUUGUUGAUUCAUAGAUGCGAAUACCAAGUUUUCUGUUAAAAGCUCCUUUUUACCGGUUGCCAAGAAUAUUUUGACCGUUUGUAAAUUAUCCCCCAAUUCGAGAGUUCGAGUAAUCUUGUAUUUAUAUCUGAGAAUGACUGAAAAAUUCAACUAAUUUUCUAGAUUUGAAUGAGUGAAGCAAUAAUUUUUUUUAUAGCGUGGUUACUUUUUAAA